AGCCCAGGCAACAGCUGUCCAACGACAAAACAACAAACAAAUUUUACAUAAGUUUAAAAUAUUUCUUUUUUAAUCAAAUGCCACGAAAUCAAAACGCCGAAAGGGAUAACCCCUGCCUAAAGGAACAGGAACUAUCUUACAAAUGCCUCAACAAAAACAACUUUGACCGGGAAAAGUGCGAAAUUUAUUUCGCAAACUACAAUAAUUGCAAGGAGUUUUGGAACAAAGUGCGAUCUGAACGCAGGGCCAAGGGAAUAGCUCCUUAUCUGCCGCCAAUAGAGGAAAGGGAUGCCAUUAAAGCUGAAUACAUGAAAGGAAAACCUCAACAAAGCUGAUUUAUCUUGAUAUUAACGUAUUUCUUGUAUAACUUAAACUAUACAUUAAGAAAUUUACUGUCUCUAGCCACAA